UGUUAAUAAAAGUUCCCCCCAAGAUUUUUAAAAUAUUUCGAAACUCCCACCAAACUUCCAACUUUAAAACUCCCAUCCCAUUCAACGCUAACCAGAUUUCGUUUCAUCGCCUCUCGUCGUCUCAGGAUCUAGAAGUGAGGGAACACCAAUCGAGAGAGCGAGAAGAUGGCAGGAAAGGGAGGGAAAGGGCUCGUAGCUGCGAAGACGAUGGCUGCUAACAAGGACAAAGAUAAGGGCAAGAUGAAACCCAUUUCUCGAUCUGCUCGUGCCGGUAUUCAGUUUCCAGUGGGUCGUAUCCAUAGGCAACUCAAGACCAGGGUUUCAGCACAUGGAAGAGUUGGUGCCACUGCUGCUGUUUACACGGCUUCGAUUCUAGAGUACCUGACUGCAGAAGUUCUUGAGUUGGCUGGAAACGCAAGCAAAGAUCUGAAAGUGAAGAGGAUAACUCCAAGGCAUUUGCAAUUGGCAAUCAGAGGGGAUGAGGAGCUUGACACGCUCAUCAAAGGAACCAUUGCUGGAGGAGGUGUGAUCCCUCACAUCCACAAGUCUCUCAUCAACAAAACCACCACUGAGUGAUUUGUUUCUUUAGGAGUUGAUUUUAUCGUGUUUGGUGUUUGUUAAGUCUUGGACUCCCUUUCCUUUUCGUAGUUCCGUUAUUAGUGUUGCCUUUUGAUUUGGACAUCUUCAUGUGUACAUGAGUUAAUUUGAACUCUCUUAUGCUUCUCUUCUGAGCAAAUGUUGUCUUUGCAUACUCUUGUGGUUUGCUUCAGUAAACCAAUUUAAAUACCAAGGAGAUUA